AUGCAGUACGUGCUAGGCCUUUUGGCCUUACUGCUCGUCGCCGUCAAUGCAGACGUGUUCACCUCAAUUGCCGACAUGCAGGCUCUGCUCCAGUCUGAAAAAUCUAUUCCAGAUAUGCUCAGAAAAUACGUCGAAAGCGAGCAUCAACGUCUCGAACACCUCAAGGAUUUAAUAGAGGACUAUGAAGUACAAAAUGAGGAAGCUCUAAAGACAGAUAUCAAAGAUCUCAUAAAUCCUAUCAACGCUUUCUUGUUCAUCAAAAAGAAGAUAUUCGACUGGAAAGGUAUUGAGCAGGCAAUGAUGGUGAACAAAGCCGACUCAUUCCUUGAACGCAUGGCCAACAAGGAUCAAGGAUUUCGAUAUCCAACUGAGGAAGAUCUAACUGGAGCAGCAAUCGGUUUGCUGAGACUGCAAGAUACCUACCGACUGGACACAAGAGACCUUGCUGACGGUCGUAUCUAUAAGAAACAAGGCAACUUAUCAUUCACUGGUAAGCGGUAG